GAAGUCCUUAACAAUUAACGAAGUAUCGAGAAAAAAUAUCUUGGCAAGAUGUGUGAUUUAAUAGAUUUAAAUAGCCCCAACGUGAAAGAUUUAAUGAAUUCGAAACUAGCAUCACCUCUGAUUCCUGUACCCAGACACGUGGAACCUAAUCAGCAGGCCAACUCCUUGGUGACGGAGAAACGUGAGAGUCUGGGUAACAAUCCGUUUGAUAGCGUAUUGCACGAGACCACCGAAUACAUAAAAAAAAAGGGCGAUCCCUUCGAAGUGGUGCUGCAGAAAGCCUUAAAGUCUAAAAGCACAAAAGGUACAGAGCUGAAAGCUCACCCUGUGGAUUUUAUGGAUGAUUUUACCCCAAAGCGUAGGAGGAAGUAUCAGAAGAUAAUGAAUAAGACACUGGAUGAAUCGUUGGUUAAGAGCAAUAUGAAUCCUAUAAAUGAAGAGAAAAAGGAAACAGCUAUCAGUAAUGUUGCUAAUAAUAUCAAUGUCACUUGUGAUAGCAAUAUAAGUGGAAGUAACAAGUUCACUCAUAAGCAAAAUAUCAAAAUAACAGUCAUGGAUGCAAAUCCUCUUGAAUUAUCUAUUUUAAAUCAAUCUGCAAUGAAUGACACAUUGUUAGAAGGCCCUAAAUAUAAAGUGGAUAAUGAAAUAUCAAUUUUCCUAGAAAAAGAACCAUCAUUUAAAGAAUUUGUUGUUCCUACAAGCUCAAAUUUUAAGCCACCUUUGAAUCCUCAACGUUCAUUGUCACAAGGAAGUAGAAAAUCACCAAGAAAAUUACAGUGUCAAGACAAAAGGCCGCAGUCUAUAACAGAUACAUUGAGAAAAGCUUCACACAAUGAUAGUACUAUGUUAUCUCUUUUAAACAAAGGUUUCUUGGAAAACGGACAGAAUCAACAGUCUUUAUUUUCUGAUCUAUCAGAUGUUUCUUCCAUAGCAAAAUUGAAUUCUGCCUCAUUAUUAUCAAAUCUGUCAUCAACAUCAUCAAAUGGCAUCAUGAACAAUGCUUUUAUAGAUAGCAAUUGUUUGAAGAUGAGUAAUGAGAAGAUAAAUAAAUCUGAGAAUUCUAUGGAGAUAAAAUCAGUACAGUAUGACUUAUCUGACCUAACAGAAAGACUUACUAAAUUAAAAUGUGCUAUUGAUAGAACAACCAGUACUCUCAGUGCAAAGGAAGAAGUUAAUAAAUCCAAUUCCAUGAAAAAUGAGAAUAAUAAACAAAUUGUAGAUAAUAAAUUGGUUGAUGUUGAUGUGUUUAUGCCAGAGCCGAGUUCCAACAUAGGACACGAUAAAAGCACAAAUUCCAUUAGCUCUUCAGAUUCUGUAUUCACUGAUAGUGGCAAAAUCGACAAAUCAAUAUUGAAUGAAGCUAAGGUACUUGCAAAAACUUUUGAAGAGCUAGCUCUAAAAACAGAUUCUGGAUCUAGUACAGAUGAUCUAAUUUCAAAUAAUGGUCUAUGGAUGUCAGAAUUACUACCAGCAUAUGAGGAUGAGUCUGUAGAUAAUCUAAUUGAGUUACUUGUUUCGCCGAAGAAAAACUUAGAAAUCGAUAAAAGUAACAAUUUGAAGCAAUCUUCUGUAAGUGAUAAUGUGGAAGAAAAUUUUAUGAAGGAAAUGGAAUCACAAUUUAUUGAUAGUAUUUCUACUGUAAAGCAGACAACAAUAACUACAUUAUUAUUAGAUCUUAAAAAAUUAGUAAAAGCAGAAGAUAAUCCAGAAGCGAAUAAAUUAAUUAAUCAUCUGGAGAGUGCUUUGGGUAUAAAAUGUAAAAGUAAUAUGGAACUGUUAGCAAAUCUGAAUAUAAUAACUGAAUUACGAAAUGCUGACAUGUGUGAGGAUAAAUUUAAUAAUAUCGAGCAAUCGGAUAAAAGCAAUGAUAAGAACCAGAAAGACAAUGACAAAAUAUCUGAAGAAAAAAUAUGUGAUAAUGAAAGCUCAUUACCACAUACAAGUCAUGAAGCGCAAGAUUCACCACAAGCCGCAACUGUCAGCAGCGAUAAUUCAGUAACUAAAACUUUACUGUCUAAUAAUGAUAACGAGGAUCGUUUGAAUAUUUCAAAUUCACCUAAAAUAGUGUUAAAGAAUAGUCGUUCAGAUGAAAGGCUGGCUAUAGAAUUAUUGAUUAAUCUGGGAAAAUUGUUGAGCGGUCAGGCUGAGGAUGCUACGACUUCACAGUUACUUAAAAGCAUAGGAAAGACGUUGAACGUCGCAUCAAAUAAUUGUAAAAUUGGAGGCAAGUCACAGGAUGAUAAUUCGCGUAAUACUCAACAAGUUUCUCCCGUGAAAACUUCAGAAUCUGAACUUAACGUAUCUGUGUCCAGUUCAAAACAAACAGCACAUGAACGAAGCUUCAAUUCCAAGUUCACUCCUGUCGACAAAACUAAAAGAAGGAGCAUAUCCACGACUCAUUCGUCAAAAGCAAACAUAUCGAACACACCAGUAAUCACGAAACGUAGAAGCACAUCUGAAUUGAAAGAUCGAAAACGUUUUUCAAACAAUCACGUACUUAUCAAUACGAUGGCAAAUAAAAAGACUUCAAUUUCAGGAACCUCUAAUACGAAAAUAGUAGAGACUACGCAACUCGAGAGCAAGACCGAAAAACCAUUAGCGAUAACUGAUGUUAAAAAUAAGUUAAAAAAGAAACUAGGUACAGCUAGUAACAAGGGUCCUAUGAAAGCUGUACAUCCUGUAGGCACUAUGCAAAAAAAGGCAUCACUUGGAAAACAAACAAUUCCGUCUUGUGAAGCUACCACGCCGCCUAAGCACCACGCUGUUUCUUCUGGCAAUAAGAUAAUCAGCAGCACUCCUAACUCAGUAGCUUCAUCAACACCAGAUAGUCAGAACAAUAAAUCGUCGAAAACGUUAAUGCCCACUAAUAAGAAACGUAACUUCUCUUGCGACAUUUCACCGGUGACCGGUAUACAGAAAGAAGAUAGUCCUAAAAGACUUAACAAACCGCUGCAGACUACAAAGAAAUGCACACCUAAACGUCAACAAGCGGAUUUAUCUGGCAUUCCGAAAUAUUGCACGCCGCCGAGAAAACUCAAUUCCUCACUUGACAUGAAUAGCCAUCAUCAACAGUCUCCCCAAUAUUUGAACAAAAGUUUAACAAAUUAUCAACGAUAUUCCCCAAUUCGCUCGAAGAGCGCCGAAAAAAAUGUGCGGAGCCCUCUCAAAGAUAGCAACAAAAUUUUUACAAAAGUGAGACCAUUUAAGCUGAUCUCUAAAUUUAAGGGAAACACGGGUGAUUUUGCCGAAAAGGAGAAUUGCUCAGGAUAGAGCGAUAUAGAGAUGAGAGUAAUUAUGCUCUUUUGUAUCGAUCAGUCGAUUGCCAAAUAGAAUUAAGGAUAGAAAAAAAAACGAAAGAAAAGAAUGUAUCAUAAAAAUCGUUGUGAGGGAUAUACUUGGUUUUAUCUUCUUUUUUAUAUUUAUGAGAUAUUUGUAUGUUUUAUAAUAAAAUAUGCGAUCAUGAUACGUAUUGUCUGAUUAUUAAGAAGUUCUGUAAAUCCUAUUACUCAAAUUUGUAUUUUUCAGGAAAAGGUACUAUCAGGUUACAAAAAUUUAGAACUGUUGAAUUAAACGAGAAAAAAAAACAGGCAAAUUUUAAUAUUAAACGAAACACCAAGAACAUUUUUCUGCAAUAUAAAUAUGCGAUUAAGAUAGAGAACCGAACGCGCACACUUUAACAAAAUUAGCGCUGCGCUGGAACGAGCCUUUUCUUUUUUUUUAUGAAGCCCUCAAAGGCUUUGGGCUCCUGAAUAACCUAGGUUAGGUAUAGUUUCAUUUUUCCUCACGCAACACCUGGCUGGUACGUUCAGUCAUCAUUGUAUAAAUAGAUAUGAAAUUCGAAUAAAAUACUAGCGAGAAAAGAUCAUGUCAUACGUACUCUAGUAACUAUAUGAUAUACUAAAUUCAAAUAGGUCGAUUCUUUUUAUUUGAACUCAGUUGUACUUUUCGUCUUUAGAGAAAAAUAA